AUGAACUGCGUGCCCCAGUUAAAGCGCCGGGCGCGCCGCCGGGUGCUUGCUUCGCCGUGGCUGACCGCAUUCGCUGUCCUGCUCAUUUUGUGGUGCUAUCUCUACGGCUUCGCGUUCCGGUCUUCGUCUGACCGGCACGGGCUCCCUGCUCUAGUGCUGCCCGGCAAAGACGGGAAAUCGGUGCUGGACCUUGACUACGCUGCGCCGGCGAGGACGACGAUCGCCACAUCGACAACGACAACCAUGACCGCAACAGAGAGGCCCCGCCCUACGGCGACCGAGCCGGCCGUCAAGCUGCGCCAGGGCACCUACAUCGGCACGACACUCCCCUCAUCGCCUCGCUUCCCCAGGGCGGUCGAUGCGUUCCGCGGCGUACCCUAUGCCCAGGACACGGGCGGCCAGAACCGCUUCCGCCCGCCGCAGCCGCUGCCAGAGUCCACCGAGACCUUCGACGCCGUGGCUUGGGGCCAAAUAUGCCCCACCGAUGGUGUGGUACUGCGCAACAUGAGCGAAAACUGCUUGAAUGCGAACAUCUACCGGCCGGCCGGGCUUGUCGACGAGGACGGGUACGAGAAGACGGAGGAUGAGGAGGGCGUGAGGCACCGGCCACGGCUGCCCGUCGUGGUGUACGUCCACGGCGGCGGGUUCAACACCGGCCACGGGACCGAGCGCAACAUGGCUAGUUUCCUGGCCUGGUCCGAGGCACCCAUGGUGACUGUUAACUUCAAUUACCGGGUCGGCGCGCUAGGCUUUCUUCCCUCCGACGUGACCGCCCGAGAGGGACUGUUGAACCUAGGGUUGCGGGACCAGCAGAUGCUGCUGGACUGGGUGCGCGACAACAUCGAGGCGUUUGGCGGCGAUCCGGACAACGUGAGCAUCAUGGGUCUCAGCGCAGGCGCGCACUCGAUCGGCCACCACAUUAUGCACUACUCGCGUUCCUCCAAGCCGGCCCCCUUCGUCCGGGCCAUCCUCGAAUCCGGCGCCACCACCGCCCGCGCCGUCUUCUACCCGACCCACUCGCGCCACCUCAUCCAGUUUCGGGAGUUCCUCAUCGCUGCUGGUGCUGGAGGCGUUCCGGAAUCGGACAUCUUCCCUUUCCUCCGCACACUCCCGCUCGAAAGCAUUGUCCGCGCAUCCAAAGUCGUCUGGGACAAGUAUGUCGACAACGUGACUUGGCCGUUCCAGCCGGUCAUCGAUGGGCCGAAUCCGCUCGCCAACUCCAGCCUUCUCAACAGCACUACGCUCCCGCCUCUCAUACCGGACCUGCCGAUAAGUUCGUGGCGUGCAGGCAACCACCUCCGCAUACCCAUCAUCACCGGAUUCAACACCAACGAGGGCACAUGCUUCAUCCCGCACAAAGCCAAAACGGCCGCCGAGUUCCGCUCCUUCUUCCAAGGUCUCAUCCCCUCGCUGACCGAGGCCGACCUCGACAAGCUGGAGGCCCUCUACCCGGACCCGGUGAAGCACCGGACCAGCCCCUACAAGAAGGUACCACGAGGGAUGGGCAAGCAGUGGGCGCGCCUGGACGCCGCCUACGCCCACUACGCCUACAUCUGCCCCGUGAUCCAGACCGCGCACUACAUGUCGCAGGCGGGCGUGGGGAACGUUUAUCUGUACCGGUACGCCGCAACCGCGCUGCACGGCACGGCCAACCACGCCGACGAAACGCCGGUCGUGGUGCACGACAUGGAAGAGCUGGACGGGAAGAAGGGCCUGCAGGACGUGUCGGCCGAGAUGCACGGCGCCUUCGCGCGCUUUGUCACCACCCCGGUCCUCAACCACAACCCGAACCCCAACCAGACGCCUGACGGGCAGCAGAGGGGCGUGCAGUGGCCUGCGUUUGUGUCACCCUUUGCCUCCACUGAGUAUGACGAGGAAAGCCCGGGCAGGAUCAUGGUGUUUGGCGAGGGGAAUGAUGAGAGGGGCGGUGGGUGGCAGAAGGGUGUCCCCGCCAAGGUGGAGGAGAUGAACGAUCUGUUGAAAGAGGCGUGUCGAUUUUGGUGGGAGAGGAUUCCUUUGAGCCAGGGGACGGGCAAGAGGGACGCCGAGCAGGCCCAGGCCCAGGCUGCGGCGCGACUAUAG